AUGCCUUCAUCAACGCUAUUGAUGGAUUAUAUCCCCCGAGAUGGAUUCAUAUGGCAAAACAAAGACAGGAUACCGACCUUGAAAGGACCCCUUGCUCGUACCAUCUGCAGAGAGAUGAAGCGCAGAGCCGGAAAGCGUCUCGAUAGAGGAAUCGCCACGAAACAGGUGGCCACCCUCUUCUACCGGGCGCAUGAUCUCAUUCAUCAAUGUCAAGAAAUGGGCCCCGAAGCUUUCUGGAGAGAGGUUGGUCAGAAAGCAAAGUGGGCCAAAGAUAUUGAGGGUGUCGAUCUCUACGAAUUUUCAAUUAAGGUCAUUGCGGCAAGACGUCGCUUUCACGCAUUUAAAGAUUGGGUCAUUGACGGCGGCAACGUAGGAAAGCACUCGGAUAAGCGUUUCUUCAAUGCCGCCAACGACGCGAUCGAUAAAUUCACAGGGGCACUGAAGAAGACGUACGGCCAACAUUCGGAGACUCGAAACUUGUAUUAUCCAAAGUGGACGGACGACCAGGGAGAAGAAUUAAGAGAAGGACUGCAGAAAAGCGACAGCCUGAUGAAUGAGGAGAUCGACGAUCUGCAGGAGGGCCGGAAAGAUGCGCCCUCAGCAGACUGA